AUGGACUCUCCAAGCAGUGGCAGCACCUUUGCAUCGCGAUCUAAAUCUCCUCUUGAACAACACCAACAAUCGAAUUCUCCCACAGAUCGAGUCUUUCAAUUCAUCUCCGACCCCAAACAUAGAGAAAACCUCAGCGGAAGAGUGCGAGCAGCAUGCGUGACAUGCAGGAGAAAGAAGAUCAAGUGUUCGGGCGAAUUGAACUGUCAGACAUGCCGAGAAAAGGGCAUAGUCUGCGAAGGACUGCCAGAUCGGAAACGACCCAGACGAGCAGAAUCCGUGGACAUUUCCUGUUCUCCGUCGACUUUCUCGAUUCUGGAUCCUGUACCGGCUGGAGUAGAUCGGAUCCGGAGACUGAGUACUUCUGUGGUGAGGAAUAGUCUGAAACCACGACCGGCUUCCUUGUUACGAUUGGCAAAGGCUAUGUCGAGUUGUGAUUCUGGGUAUGCAUCGGUCCCAUCACCAGCUCUUGCCGCCAAUGAGCCAUCUAUUAUGGGAACGUCACCAACUGAGAGUACUGCGGGAAGAACAUCACCGGCUGCUUUACAAGUGGAUGUCUGUGGUUCUGCAAGAGAAUUAUCACCACUAGCUUCACAGGUGGACAUCUGGGAUCCCGAAACAGCUUCCCAACGCUCAUCAUCAACACCCAAACCAUCAUUCAACGAGCAGAUGCAAGAUCCAAAAGACAUGGUAGAAAACGAAGCCGACAAACCUCUCCUGUUAAAAAGAUAUUCAUCCCAAGAUGAAAUAUCAUGGUGGAAUAAAACGCACCAUCGAAUUUCUCCCAGCAACACAGAUCUCUCCACAGCCGCGCGAUUCGUCUUUGGGGAUUCCGCACAACCUGUACAAAGUAACCUCCCGAAAGCAUCCAUGGACUUGGAUGGAAUGCCAAUCAUGACAUCGCCAUCGGGUGAAGAGACGAAAGCGAGAGGAAGCAGGAGGAGAGAAAGCAUUCAAUUCCCAAUCCCCGCACCCAAACCCUUUCUGGGAAUCGCAGCAGGAAUGCCGACAAGACCAGAGACAGUCGCACCCGUCCAGCAAACGCGAUCAACACCCCAAGAAGAAUUCGACGCCAUGGCACUGCUGCUUCCCAUUCCAGUGGAUGGAGCAACUCCCUCCUUGGCAAUGAAUGAAGCGGACAUAGCAUCCUCCAGCCUAACCAACUCCUCUACCUGGUGGAAAGCCCACAGCGACCUGCACUCUCUCCUCUCUCAAACCGUGAAUCCUCUUUCCAACAACAACAUAGAGGAGAAUGAGAAUCCACCACCACCGCCAAGAAUAAUAAUUCCAUCCACCACAUCUCCUCACCUCCAAAACGCCUCAAGAAAAUCAACCACAACAGAAACAAGAACAGAAAACCCCUUCCCUGACUUCAAUUCAUUAGAGAAWGAACAACAACAACAAUCUUCCCCCUAUACCUGGUACAAUGCCGAUUCCGACCUCGUAAACAUGCUCCAUCAAUCAUGUGACGUUCUAAACGAACUAGAACACCAGCCUACUCCUACGGGUCUGUCCGCUGAGAUUGUAUAUCCCGCAGCAGUAGAAGAAGAAGAAAUAAGUCGGCAAGAUGUGGAGGAUGUGACGAUGACGAUGACGAUGAUGAAGAUGAUGAGGGAGAGAAAGGCGUCGCCGCUGCUGAGGGGGAGAGUGAAGAGGAGUGAGGUUGUGGGGAAUUUCUAUUGGUAG